AUGGCGCCAAGAUUAACAGAUAAAUCACAGAGAAACCGCAUCUUCAAGACUAAAGGCACAAUUAAGGGCAAGGUUUGCGAUAUACUUGUGGACAGUGGUUACACUGAAAAUGUGAUCUCAAAGGCUGCGGUCCAAGCCUUACAACUUAAAACAGUGCCAAAUUUGCAUCCAUACAAGGUGAGUUGGGUAAAAAAAGGGGUUGAAAUAGCUGUCAUCGAAAGCUGUUGUGUCCCAUUUUCUAUUGGGAAGAACUAUGUCAGUGAAGUUGUUUGUGAUGUAAUUGAUAUGGAUGCAAGCCAUUGGAUCCUCGGGAGACCGUGGCAGUUUGACAUGAGUGCCACCCAUGACUGUAGAUCUAAUACGUACACAUUCAGUUGGAAGGGAAAAACACUGAGAUUAUUACCGGGCCAGGGAGAUUCUGAACCGAGCAAUCACAACAACAAAUUAUUAAUGUUGGUAGUGUCCAGAAAUCAGUUAUUGCAUGCUUGGAGGGGCUCAUCUCAAAUUUUGGCACUCAUUGUAAAGGAACAAGCGCUGAUGGGAGAUAAAAACUGUCCAGAAACUGUGAAGGGGUUGCUGGAAAGAUAUGCCGAUUUGGGACCUACUGAGCUCCCGGCGGAAUUACCGCCUCUAAGGAAUAUUCAACACAGCAUUGAUCUAAUACCUGAAUCUACUAUACCGAACCUACUGCAUUAUAGAUUGUGUCCGAAGGAACAAAAAGUAUUGCAGCAGCUAGUGGAUGAGUUGCUCGACAAACAGCUGAUCCAGCACAAUUUGAGUCCGUGUGCAGUACCCGCCUUGUUGGUACCCAAGAAGGAUGGAAGCUGA